GUUGAACAAACACAGCUCACUGCGGAAUCUACAUCUGUCGAGGAGUAGCUCUUUGCUUUUUCAUCAUAUAGUCACAUUUGCACCAGGCAACCAUGGCUCAUUCUGAACGAUCGAAAUGUGCUUCACAGCUGGAGGACUACGCCAAGGCAAAUCCGACAAGGGAUGUCCUUACCAAUGCGCCUGGGACCCCGGUCGGGAACAAACUGGCCUCCACGACGGUUGGACCAAGGGGCCCCAUGCUGAUCAAAGAUUUCGUCUUCGCUGAUGAAAUGGCCCAUUUUGGACGCGAGAGGAUCCCGGAACGAGUGGUCCAUGCUAAGGGCGCAGGUGCUUUUGGCUACUUUGAAUGUACCCAUGACGUGACCAAAUACACCAAAGCGGUUCCAUUUGCCAAAGUUGGCAAGCGGACACCAAUGGCGGCCCGAUUUUCUACUGUUGGUGGUGAAAGCGGUUCUGCUGACACGGCUCGUGAUCCUAGAGGUUUUGCACUCAAAUUCUACACAGAGGAAGGAAACUGGGAUCUUGUUGGAAACAAUACUCCAAUCUUCUUCAUCAGGGAUCCCAUUCAUUUCCCAAGUUUUAUCCACACCCAGAAGCGCAACCCAGUAACUCACCUGAAGGAUGCUGACAUGUUCUGGGACUUUAUUACCUUACGUCCGGAAACCACUCACCAGGUGUCCUUCCUCUUUGGCGACCGUGGGACCCCUGAUGGUCAUCGCCACAUGAAUGGUUAUGGCAGUCACACGUUCAAAUUGGUAAAUGCGGAGGGAAAACCAACUUAUUGCAAGUUUCAUUUCAAGACCGACCAAGGCAUCAAGAACCUGCCUGCAGAUGUGGCAGCUGAACUGGCCGGUUCCGACCCCGACUACGCCAUCCGGGAUCUGCACGAGGCUAUUGCCAAGGGAAACCACCCGUCCUGGUCGGUCUUCAUCCAGGUCAUGUCGUACGAGGAGGCGGAUAAAGUAUCUUUCAAUCCUUUUGAUCUUACAAAGAUUUGGCCACAGAGCAUGUACCCUCUGAUUCCAGUUGGAAAAAUGGUCCUAGAUCGCAACCCCAAAAACUAUUUUGCUGAGGUUGAGCAGAUUGGUUUCUGCCCAGCUCAUUUCAUCCCUGGAAUAGAAGCAAGUCCUGACAAGAUGUUGCAGGGCCGUUUGUUCUCCUACGUUGACACCCUACGACACAGGCUUGGAACUAACUACUUGCAGAUUCCAGUCAAUUGUCCCUACAACUCUAGAGGGUCCAAUUACCAGAGGGAUGGACCUCAGUGUGUCACAGAUAACAAAGGAGGUGCCCCCAACUACUAUCCUAAUAGCUUCCAGGGUCCUAAGGAUGAUCCCAAGUACCUGGAACAUGCUGACAAAGUGACUGGAGAUGUGUUGAGGUAUGAUACAGGUGACGAGGACAACUAUUCGCAAGUCACACAAUUCUGGACUAAGACCCUUGAUGCAGAAGCCAGACAAAGGCUUGUCAAUAACAUCGCUGGCCAUGUCAAGGCUGCUGCACCCUUCAUACAGAAGAGGGCAAUUGAGAACUUCUCAAAGGUCCACCCAGAUUUUGGCAACGGCAUUGCCGAACAACUGAAAAAACACUCCAAGUAGAACUCAAAGGAUUAGAGAACUCCAAGGAUCAGAGCCAACUGUCAAUGAAAAUGGAAAGCAGCUUACGCAAUGACUUAUGCUACAUAACUGAAUUCUUCAGACACUCGGAAAGACAUGAACAGAAUCAGAAAUUCAAAUCUUUAAAUCAUCUCAGGAUCAAUCUUCCCCCAGAGCCUAGUAUAAAGGUGCAAGCCCCUGACAGUCAUCACAAAUCAGGAAACAGAAUUCCUUAAGAAGACAGUUACGGUGACAUAUCUGCAGGCAAACACAAACACUCCCUUUAUCUGCCAAAUAUGUCCCCUUUUGAAGAAUACAUGAUUUCAAAAUAUGACACCAAUGAAGAUUUGAAAUGAUAACAAUUAUAUAAAAUUUAUUCUUGUCUGAGUCAUUUUUACACUUCUGUGGCGAUACAUUGAUAAGUGUGACCUCUCACCGGUCAGUAUAUGUAUCAGCAAACAGUUUUAUCACAACUGCAGCACUUAACAUAGUUCAGACAAUAGUUGAGACAGAAAAACACUUGGAAAUUAGAUGACUCAUACAUAUACAUGUAGGUGAGAUAAACAAGUAGAGAAAUGGGUCAGAUAAAGAGAAUCACAACACAUUUACAGACAUGUACAGUGAACUACAAGGUAUUUAACUGAGAAUAAUGACCUUUAAGCAGUCCUUGAAAGCACUCCUGAAGAUAGGUCGUAAAUGGUUUGUCAAUUUACUUGCUUGCCUAUAUUUAUGACGACGUCCACAACCUAAUGGAUCAUUCAGAUCAAGGUUUAAAUGUAUUGUAAAAAGUGUCAGGAGCCAACCUUGAUAACUUUGAUGUAGCAGUGUACUAAAAUGUGAUCAAAUACAUUUUGUAAUACAGGUGCAUAAUGUCAUAGAAAGUAGGGAUGGUUCCUGACUGAUUUCACAGUACUCAGCGGAUGCAUUAAAUAUACAAAGGCAUAUAAUUAAAACAGACAGAUUUAGUUUAGAAUCGUACAACUUGGAACUUUUAUAAAAUAUUAUUCUCACUGUAUAGAUAGCAGAAAUCUAGGAAAACAUCACACUUAAUAUAAUAAACAAAAGAUUUAGGGACAGGUCUUUCAGUUAUAUCAUUUGGGACACACCUUGCUUUUCUUGGCCUUUUUUUACUGAGAUUCCAUUUGCAUUUUUGUCAAACAGUGCGUAUUUAACAUUGAGAGGACUGUGCUUGAUCAACACUGAUGGGUACAUGAAACCAGAUAUGACAACCAGAGUCUUUGUUAGUUUCAUUAUAAACAUGAAUCAAUACAUGUAACAGUUACCUAGCAAUUGCAAAAGCAUUCAUUAUAAGCAGUUUUUGAACAAUAACUAAAAGAUGGACGGACUAUAUAACACAUACAGUCAUUGACUAUGCUCUCUUCUUAGCGAGGCUGACUUUCUUGCCUUUACUCAAAUCGAGAACAGAUUUGUUUCCUUUACUUCUUGCAGCACUGAUAUUUUCAGGACGCGUAGAUGUGGACUUCACUGAUUCACCUUUUGGACAUUGCUCCCUCAAUUUUUCUGAAAAGAAAAGGAUUGGAGAAUCAUUGUUAAGCUGCAACAGUUGAUUCAAAUCAUCUACAAAUGUACAUGACAUGACUUUCAUUGAGAAAUCAAUAGGACUUAACAACCAAGAAAAUCAAUGCAUGUAGCAACUCCCAAUUGCCAAAAUUUUUGAAGAUGAUUAAAAUGACUAGUACCAA